AUGGUGGAGGUGGAGGUGGAGGUGGUGGAGGUGGUGGAGGUGGUAAACAGCAGCACCAACCACCAGGUGGUGUACGCGGGGCUGGUGGCGUGGGUGGGCGUGUCGCUGGGUCUGGUGCUGGCCUACCCCGCCCUGGCCCUGGAGGCGUGGACCGGGGAGAGGGACGUGAGCCUCGGACACCAGGAGACGUCGUGGUUCAGGAGCGUGGUGUACCUGGGUUCGAUCCCCGGGUCUGUGGUGGGCGGGGUGCUGCUGCAGGUGCUGGGGCCGCGCCGCCUGCUGCUGCUGCUGCUGCCCGCGCUGGCCCUGGCCUGGCUGCUGCUGCCCCUCGCCACGCCCCACGCGCCCUCCCUCAUAGCCCUCCGCGCCCUGCAGGGCGUGCUGGUGGCGGGCGGCGGCCUGUGCGUGUACGUGUACCCCUGCGAGGUGGUGGAGGCGCGGCGGCGGGACCUUGUGGGCGCCCUGCCCGAGGCCGCCUUCUCGCUGGGUUUUCUGCUGGCCUACCUGCUGGCGGCGGCGCUGCACUGGUCCACGGUGGUGCUGCUGGUACCGCCCUGCCUGCUGCUGCCCACCGCCCUGGCCGUGGCCCUCGUGCCGGAGUCCCCCGCCUGGCUGCUGCACCACGGCCGCCUGGAGGAGGCGCGCGCCGUGCUGGCCACGCUGCGCCCCGCCGCCGCCGGCGUGGAGAAGGAGCUCCUCGCCCUGCAGCUGGACGGCCACAAAGACAGUGGCUUCCCCGCGCUGCUGCUGCGACACCCGCGGUUUUUGCUGCCGGUGCUGGCGGCGCUGACGCUGGUGCUGCUGAAGGAGAGCACCGGCCAGAUGGUGCUGGUGCUGACGCUGAACCGCGUGCUGUCUGGGGGCGCCGUGGGGCUGUCCCCACUGUGGGGCAGCGCGGCAGUAGGCGCCGUGCGCGUGGCCGCCAACCUGGCGGGCUGUUGCGUCCUGCUGCGACGCUUCCAGCGGCGCGCCGUGCUGUCCCGCGCCGCCCUCACCGCCGCCGCCGCCAUGGUGGUGCUGGCCAACUACUACGCCUCGCCCGGCGGCCACUUCUGGCCCCAGGGCACGCCCUUCGUGUUUACGGUGGUGUUCGUGGCCUGCUACGGCGGCGGCGUGGGCCCCGUGGCCAGCCUCAUGGUCUCCGAGCUGCUGCCGGGCCCUGUGCGCGGCCUGGGCUCGGGCCUGGCCAACGCCGUGCUCUGCGCCGCACAGUUCGGCCUCACCUUCAUGGCCCCUGCCACGGACCGCGAGUUCACCGUCUCCUGCUGGGGCUACGGCGGCGGCUGCCUCCUGCUGGCCGCCUUUGCCCUGCUGCUGCCCGAGACCCGGGGCCGCCCCCUGGAGGAACUGGAGGAGUAUUGGCGAGGGGCGGCGGACCAGGGACUGUGCGGGAGCUGCCUGCCCCCACCUCCCUGCUCCCCACCCACGCCCCCUUCCCCUACCUGA